CUCUCUCUCUCUCUCUCUCUCUCUCUCUCUCUCUCUCCAAAACCAAAACCAACCCACUUCUUCCCACCACUCUCUGAUUCAAAUGAAACCCCUAAAACCUCUUCCUUGAUCCCACACCAAAACCUCCACCAUCACAAUCAAUUGUACCAGACAAGGGCUACAAAACGGAGAAAAUGAGAACAGGAGGCUGUACAGUGCAACAAGCCCUCACACCAGAGGCAGCAAGCAUAGUCAAGCAAGCUGUAAGCCUUGCGAGGCGGCGUGGGCAUGCCCAAGUCACCCCUCUCCAUGUUGCCAACACCAUGCUUGCGUCCUCCACUGGCCUCCUCCGCACUGCCUGCCUCCAAUCCCACUCCCACCCCCUCCAGUGCAAGGCCCUUGAGCUUUGCUUCAACGUUGCGCUCAACCGUCUCCCUGCAUCCACCUCAAGCCCCAUGCUUGGCCCCCACUCCCACCACCCGUCCCUCUCCAACGCACUGGUCGCCGCCUUCAAGCGGGCCCAGGCUCACCAGCGGCGCGGAUCAAUUGAGAACCAGCAGCAGCCCUUGCUUGCUGUCAAGGUAGAGGUGGAGCAGCUCAUAAUCUCCAUCCUAGAUGACCCAAGUGUGAGUAGAGUCAUGAGAGAGGCUGGUUUCUCAAGCACCCAAGUGAAGAGCAAUGUCGAACAGGCAGUCUCUUUGGAGAUAUGUCCACCAAACCCUCCUCCUAGCAAACCCAAAGAAAGUGGGAGUCUUCUAGUUCUUGGUAGCACUGUGUCGCCCUCUUCUUCCCAUUUGGGUCAGUUUGGAUUGAAGACUAGCAAAGGAAGUAGGCCUUUGGAUCAUGUUAGGAGUGAGGAUGUGAUGUGUGUUAUGGAGAAUUUGAUUCAUAGGAGAAGGAGGAGUUGUGUUAUUGUAGGAGAGGACUUAAGUAGCUCUGAGGGUGUGGUUAGGAACUUGAUGGAUAGGGUGGAUAAAGGAGAGGUUCCUGAUUCUUUGAGGAACGUGCAGUUCAUAAGCCUUCCUCUCUUCUCUUUAGGGCAUCUCUCAAAAGAGGAGGUUGAGCAGAAGCUUGGCGAGAUCAGGUGCCUUGUGAAGAGCUGUGUGGGGAGAGGGGCUGUUUUGUACAUGGGAGAUCUCAAAUGGGCUGCUGAGUAUAGGGCUAGUAGCAGCUCCAUUGACCAAAGGAGGGCUUUCUAUUGUCCUGUGGAGCAUAUGAUCAUGGAGCUUGGGAGGUUGGUGUGUGGUGCAGGUGAGAGUGGGAGGCUGUGGCUGAUGGGAAUUGCAACCUACCAGACUUACAUGAGAUGUAGGGUUGGAAAUCCUUCAUUGGAAGCUACUUGGGGUCUCCAUCCUAUUGCAAUUCCUGCUGGAAGUUUGGCUUUGAGCCUCAAUCCUGACAGCGAUUCGCAAGGGCAAUCAAGAAACAAGAGAAUUGGAGAUGGGCCUCUUUGGUCUCACCUGCAAGACGGAUUAGAGAAGCAGCUCACUUGCUGUGCUGAUUGCUCAACCAAGUUUGAAACCGAAGCUCGCGGUCUAGUAAACAGCGCUGCCCACCAUGAUUCCACCACCGUUGCUUCAAGCCUCCCUACUUGGCUCCAACAGUACAAGGAAGAGAACAGAAAACUGACCUCUAACGAUCAGGAAUGUCUCCAGAUCAGAGAUCUCUGCAAGAAGUGGAAUUCUAUAUGCAAUUCACUCCACAAACACCACCAACCACCAGAGAAAACCCUAAGUUUCUGCUCAGUCUCUCCAUCUUCUUCCGUCUCCUCAUACGACCAUCCCUACACCAACUUGCAUCAAACCAACCAAGCAUGGCCCCUUGCAAUGGACACAAAACAGCGAUGGCGGGGACAUUACAUCUGGAUGUCCGAUGUUGCUGAUGAAGGCUAUGAACCCAAUUUGAGAAUGUACAUCCCGGAGCACAGGGAGCCCAAACCAACCGUUUUAGCUAACCCUAACCCUAAUUCAGCUUCUUCUAGCGAUACAAUGGAGAUGGAAUAUCCUCAGAGGUUCAAGGAGCUCAAUGCUGAGGAUCUCAAGACUCUAUGCAAUGCAUUGGAACAAAAGGUCCCAUGGCAGAAGGACAUCACUCCUGAGAUCGCGAGCACUAUCCUUCGAUGCCGAUCAGGAAUGGUGAGAAGGAAAGGGAAGUCAAAGUUCGGUGAGACGAAGGAAGACACAUGGUUGUUCUUCCAAGGUAGUGAUAUUGAAGGGAAAGAGAAGAUUGCUAGGGAGUUAGCUUCCCUUGUGUUUGGCUCCAACACCAACUUCAUUUCCAUUGGAUUGAGCAGCUUCUCGUCUGUGAGGACUGACUACAUGGAAGAUCUCAGAAACAAACGGUCAAGGGCUGAGUCGAGUUGCAGCUACAUUGAGAGGUUUGCCAACGCAGUCAGCAGCAAUCCGCACCGUGUCUUCUUCCUGGAAGAUAUCGAGCAAAUCGAUUAUUAUUCUCACUUGGGCAUCAAAAGCGCGAUCGAAAGAGGACGGAUAAGAAGUUCAAACGGUGACGAAGUCCGACUCCACGAUGCGAUCAUUAUCUUUAGCUGUGAGAGAUUCGACUCAAGGUCUAGAGCUUCUUCUCCUCCCAUCAAGCAGAGAGUGGAGAGCGGGGAAGAAGACAAAGCGGUGGAUUGCGAGCAGGAUACCAGCCCUUGUAUUUCUUUGGAUUUGAAUCUGUCUUUUGAUGAUGCGGAAGAUGAUCCCUGCAUCGACGAUGUGGGGCUCCUUGAAACAGUCGAUGGAAGGUUUGUUUUCAACCUUAGGGACGAUUUAUGAAAUGGGUAGCCGCUUCGACAUCAUUGAUCACCGUUCCUCAUGGUGGGUAGAUUUCUUUCUUUCUUUCUUCUUCUUGUUCUUCUUCUUUUUUUUUUGCCCUUUUGUUUUUUAGAGAUUUUUGUUUCUUGGUUUGCCAUGAUAUUCUUGGGAAGAUCUGAUGACUGGAGAUGGAAAGAAGAGGUUGGAGAUUUGAGUUUGUAGGAUUUAUGUAGGAAAUCAUAUGUAUAUUAUUAUUAUCAUUCUCUUCAUGUAAUAUGUUCUUGCUGGGUUAUAUUUCU